GCAUAGCACGGGUCUGUCUCUUCUUCAGUGUAUUUGUUUUGUGCUCCUCAGUGUUUAUGUUUUGUGAUUAGCAUCAAAGCUUAUAAUAACCACCACAUAACCAAACACUGUCAUUUAACGUUUAGGUUGAGUUCGUUGAGGAGUGUUCAAUUGUGGUGUUACUGGUGUUCAAACAGGCAUUUUUGAAGAAAUAAACCUUUAAUACUUUUGAAUCUACUAUGGGUGAGUCUGCAGACGAUCAAAGUGAAGAUGGAGAAAUUCAGCAAAGUCCCGUUGAUGCAAAGAACGAAGAAGCAGAACAAAUGGACUUUAGUUUGUCCGAGGACGAUGGAGAAACUGUGGAUGAUUCGUUAGACAUUAAGCCUCCACAAGCCCGAAUUGCAACAGCGUCUCGUAAAAGGAAGGAUCACGAGAAAAGCCACAAACGAUCAGAGCGACAUAGAGAUGAUAGGGAAAGGCAUCACCGUGAGAAACACCACAGGGAAAAGUCAAGCAGUUCAAGAAGAGAACGAGAACAUUACCAGAGGGAGAAGGAACAGUACUAUAGAGAAAGACAUCUUGAACAGAUGGUGGUGUAUGGGGGCCAGUUCCAUGAAAACAGCUACAGGGAAAGAAAAGAUGGCUUGAGGUCUAAAAGAGGAGAAUCAUCAAGAAAGCAUGAUGAAGGAAAAAGAGAGAGUAAAGAUGGAAAGGAACCUAGGCAUGCAAGAGAUUCAGAUAAGCAACACAAGAGGGAACAUUAUGAUGAGUCAAGUCGUGAAAGAGGCGACAAAGCGUUACACGACUUACGUGAAAGGCUGUUGAGCAAACGUGGCUCGAAAGGUGAUGAUGAUGAUGGAUAUUCAAAGCAGAGGCAGUCCAGGCGAGAAAAAAAACACAGAAGAGGUGAGAGGAACCAUAAUGAAGACCCACUACAGGGUGAGGCUGGAAUGUUGGUACAAGAGAUAAUCAACAUUACUACAGAAGAAAAACACAAACAUAAGAAAGACCGCAAAGAUGAUGGGAAAUCUCAAGAAGAGAAAGCAGAGCAAGAGCAAAGGAGAAAAAAGUUACUAGUUGCAGACCGAGAAAUGGCUCGGCUGAAAGAGCAGUCGCGCAUGGAAAGGGAACGUAGACACCUGGAAAAGGCGACGAAGCGGAAAUCGGACGCGAACGACGGCGCAGACGACGCCGGCGGGUAUCCGCAGAAACGGGGCAGGCUCGAGGAGUCGGUGGUGAUGGUUUCGGAUGAUGAAGACGUCGGGAAUGAUGGACCGGCUGAAGACGCGCCGGUGCCGGCCGAUCACGACGAGAAAGGCGCCGAACGCAGUCCGGAUAGCGCGGAGAGGAGCAGCGGCAGAAGCAGGAGCCGUUCGAUGUCCAGAUCACCGGUGUCCGCGGCCGAAGACGACGGUUCCGACCGCAGUCGAUAUGGCAGCGACAGAUCGCGAAGCAGGUCGCGUAGCAGGAGUCGCAGCAGGAGCGUCACGCGCAGCAGAAGUCCGAGUCGCAGCAGCUCGUCGCCGAGAUCGGGCAGAUCUGAUGAUGAUGAUGAUCGCGAUGACGAUCAUCGCGAUCAGAACAGAAACAAGGAGGAAAACGAUGGCGAUGCCGAUGAUGGCAAGAAGGAGGAGAAACAGGAAUCGAAAAAGAAACAGCUGGACGAGAACUUGCCACCGUAUUUCCCGGCCGUACAGGGAUGCAGAUCCGUAGAGGAGUUUCAGUGUUUGAACAGGAUAGAAGAAGGCACUUACGGCGUCGUGUACAGAGCGCGCGACAAACGGACCGACGACAUAGUCGCUUUGAAACGGCUGAAAAUGGAAAAGGAGAAAGAAGGUUUCCCGAUAACAUCGCUGAGAGAGAUCAACACGUUGCUGAAAGGACAGCACCCGAACAUCGUUACGGUCAGGGAGAUCGUCGUCGGCAGCAAUAUGGAUAAAAUUUUUAUCGUGAUGGAUUACGUCGAGCACGAUUUGAAAUCGCUGAUGGAGACGAUGAGGCACAAGAAGCAAAGCUUCAUUCCCGGCGAGAUCAAGUGCUUGCUAAGGCAGCUGUUGACGGCUGUCGGUCAUUUGCACGAUAAUUGGAUCCUGCAUAGGGAUCUCAAAACGUCCAAUCUGUUGCUUUCUCAUAAAGGAAUUUUGAAGGUAGGCGAUUUCGGUUUGGCCAGAGAGUAUGGUUCGCCGUUGAAAGCGUACACGCCGAUCGUGGUGACACUCUGGUACAGAGCUCCCGAACUGUUAUUGGGCGCCAAAGAGUAUUCCACUCCUAUCGACUUAUGGUCCGUAGGGUGCAUUUUCGCCGAAUUGCUCCUGAUGAACGCCCUUUUCCCUGGAAAAUCAGAAGUCGACCAGCUCAAUAGGAUAUUCAAGGAUUUGGGCACUCCCUGCGAAAAAGUAUGGCCUGGCUUCAAUCAGCUGCCCGCAGUGAAGAAGAUGAAGUUCAACGAGUAUCCCGUGUCGAAUUUACGAGGCAAAUUCGGUCAGCUCAGCGAAAUGGGCCUCGGUCUGCUGAUCAAAUUCCUUACGUUCGAUCCGGAACAGAGAAUCACCGCCGAAGAUGCGCUUAAACAUGCGUACUUCACCGAACCACCACUGCCUAUAGAUCCUGCAAUGUUCCCAACGUGGCCAGCGAAGAGCGAGUUGGGCCAUAAAAGAGCGCUGGCAGCGAGUCCUAAGCCUCCUUCCGGUGGUGGAGAGUACAAAAAAUUGGGAGGAGAUGGUGACGAUGACGGUUACGGUUUUAGGUUCGGAAUGGGCAUCGAUACGAGAAGAGGCGGACCAGGCUUUAACCUUAAAUUUUAAAAAUCGGUACAUAAAAAAAAUUAGCUGUUAAGUAAUGUAAAUAUUGUACACUUAAUAAAAUAUCUAGUUGAAUUUUACAA